AUGUUUGCGACCGAAUUGCGCGUGCUAAGACGUGGCGACAUCUUCCUGAGGCAGAAGAGGCCAGGGUCUUACUCUGAUCGUUACCGAUUGAAGGACGAAACCGGCGCCGUCAUACGGAUCGUAGACUCAAAUAUCUAUCGAUUCGGCGACUCCAACGUUGCUGCGCCCGUGUUCCGGAAUGUCAACUGGACCGUCAGAGAAGGCGAAUGCUGGGCCGUGAUUGGAAGCGGGUCUCACCAGAAAACUACUCUCCUGCAGACUUUACGAGGUCAUUUAAGAUUGGCACCUCCACCUCCACCUCCCGGUGGACUCUUCCCUUUUCUCUCCGACCAACCUCGGGAUGCGCAUAACGCUGUUGCACUGGUGUCCUUUGCACAUAGACCUCAGUCCACCGGUGGCGCAUUCUACGAUUACACUGCUCGUUAUGGGGCUGUCAGGGACGAAGAUAGAAUCACGCUUCGAGAAAGCAUGUUUGGAGAGUACGACUUCUUGAAUAUCCGACCAAAAGCACUCGUCGAGUCAAAAACACCCGAGGAACUUUCUACCGAAAGCGUCAAGAAGGCCAUCUUCGAUAACCUCACAACCGAGUUGGGGUUAGUUCCGUUGUUGGAUCUCCCGUUGGUGGCGUUGUCCAAUGGGCAGACGCGCAGAGCGCGUAUAGUCAAAGCACUUAUGUUCCAACCAGAGCUGCUACUUCUUGAUGAACCUCUAACUGGCUUGGACGCGAGCAACAGACCUACUCUGUUGCAGGUCCUGGAAUCCCUCCACAAAACUCGCAGUCCCCGGAUCAUUAUGGGUUUACGGAAGCAAGAUCCCAUACCGGAAUGGAUCGCCCAUAUUGCACUGGUGCAACAAAAUAGACUUCUCACGGGCAAGAAGGAGACUGUCCUGGCUCAACAUGCCAGCGAUGCAGCACAAACAGAAGCCAACCGAUCUUCCAUCUCCCAAUCUAGCAUACCCAAGGCGGGAAAAGAACUCGGACGGCCCGUCGCUAUCCUUAAAAACGUGAAUGUCACGUACGAUACCCGCAAGGUUCUAAAGUCGAUCAAUUGGACUAUCCGCGAGGGAGAGCAGUGGCACCUUCAAGGGGCGAAUGGAUCAGGAAAGACCACCCUCAUGUCUCUUAUCACGGGCGACCACCCUCAGUCAUACACACAACGUGGCGAAUCCUAUCUUGAGCUUUUCUCUAGGCCUCGCUCGAAGAUAUCCACUCCUCACCUUCGAUCAUUGAUUGGCAUUGUAUCCCCUGAACUCGCGAAUGCGUAUCCUCGGCGCCCACAGACGACCGUGUGGGAGGUCAUCGGUACCGGUUUUGAUGGCGGCUUCGUUCCAGGGGGUAAAAACGGCAUAGGCAUUGGCCUGGAAGGCAAUCUACCAGAUGACGUCGUUCGUUGGCGCGUCAAUCGCGUUCGUGAGGUUCUCUCUGGAUGCGGCCCAAGUUCGUGGACGUUGUGCUCUUCCAGAUAUCCGACCUUGCGGCAAGAUACGACCAGCAUGGCAGGUGGGCAACUACUCUCUAAGUUGGAUGAGGAGUUUUCGAAUCGCAAUUUCGUCGAUCUGUCGGCUGGCGAGCAGAGCGUGGUGUUGCUGAUGCGUGCCUUAGUUGGUCGACCCCAGCUUGUGUUGUUGGAUGAAGUCUGGAGCGGCAUGGAUGACAGUAUGGUGCGCGCUGCAAGACGAUACCUUCGUGAAGGUGGUGUCGGCCCCGAUCAAGCGGUUGUAGUGAUCAGCCAUUGGGAAGAGGAAGUGCCAUGGGACGUGCAAGAGGGAUUAAGGAAGUUCAAGCUAGAAGAGGGCCGCGGAGUGGAAGUCUAAGUAGAGUGCUCGAACGAUUUCU